AUGUCCCCGCCAGUCAAAGCCAACCGAAAGAUUCUCCGGAAGCCCACUCAGAAGGCGACUGUGAUUGAAUCUGCUCACAAAAAGAAAAGCCAAGACGCACCUGCUGUCGACCAGGCUAUUCUAGACAGGAUCAAAAAAUGCCUGGACCGCGCCUAUCACCCCAAUGCAUCAGAGGCAGAAGCGAGAGCUGCGAUAUUCUUAUCCCAGAAGCUUAUGAAUCAACAUAAUGUGAGCCAGGCAGAUAUCAUGGCAAAAGAUGAUAGUGCCGACAAGGCUCAUUUUGCUGGGCGGAGUAUCGUGUCCAUUACCAAGACCGGCGGCUCAAGCAAAAGAGUAAUGAAGGAAACAUUCGUCUGGAAGAUUGCACGAGCAAUGUGCACCUUUUUUGAUUGCAAGCAUUUUUCCACUGAUCAUAUCACAUAUAUGAACUGGACCUUUUUUGGAGUCGCUAGCAACACUGCUGCUGCUGCGAUGUCGUUUGAAAUGGCACACAACCAGAUCGUGGAAUGGGCGUGUGAGUACAAGGGUGGCACGCCGACAUUCAACUACCGUCUUGGUGUCGCAGAUGGACUAAUGGCCAUGGCAAAAAGGGAGAAGAAAAGAGAAUUAGCUCAGGUGCAGCGCAAGGAACUGGACAUCAUUGCGGCUAGAGAGCGCGAGGAAGAAGCGGAACGUCGAAAGCAAGUCGAAAGACUGCUUCUUCAACCAGCUCCUGCUGACGAAAACAUGUCACCGGAUGAUGAACACAUGAAUCUGGGAUCUAUAAGCCCGGGUCCCAAUAUGAACGACUUUUAUGGCGCCGAUUUCGAUUCUGAUUCCGGAUCCGACGGAGGCGAGGAAAGAGACAACGAUGAUACCGGCAGUCCUGCUAUUAAAGCCGACUUCGACAUGAAUGAUAUUGAAAUAAUAGACUUGACUGAUGAUGUGGACGAAGCUAUUGCAAAGUUGGUGAAACGUGAACCUAUAGAGCAAACUCCCACAGAAAUCCCCGAUUUCAAAUUAGAGCCGGAUGCUUCAAUUAAGUCAGAUGCUCAGACUAAAAGAGAGCCCGAUCUUCAUUCUAUCCCAGCGGAAUCCCCUUGGAAUUCUGGAAUGCAACUUGUUCAAUUCCGAGAAACAGCAGGCCAGGUUGCGGAUGCUUAUUUGAAACAAAAUAGUAUCAAACUACGACACCAUAAGAAGCGUGAACCGGCGAUCAAAGACCUGAAUUCAUAUCGGCAGGGUCAGAAAGACAGUUCAAAGAUUGAGAUUCAUGAUAGACAUAAACCUGAGGCUUUCUAG